CAGGGAACAGCUCGAAAACUGGGGAACAGGCUGAAUAGCUGGGGGUCCGGACUCCAGCCUGGGCUUCGGGAGAAUUUCUGAUGCUGACCAGGCCUCCCUCUCGGCCUUCCAGGCUUUCUUGCCGGCAGGGCCGGAAGGGAGAGGUGCACCUGCAGCCCGGCCUUCUCGGGUCCCACGCCCAAGAGCUUCAGGCUCAUUGGGGUCCCUCUCCGUGCUUCGGCGCGGGAAAAAGAUUUUGUCACCCACGAAAAUGAUUCACAGUCUAUUUCUCAUAAACUGUUCCGGUGACAUAUUUCUAGAGAAGCACUGGAAGAGUGUUGUGAGCCAGUCUGUCUGUGAUUAUUUCUUUGAAGCUCAAGAGAAAGCUGCUGAUGUUGAGAAUGUACCACCUGUCAUUUCAACACCUCAUCACUACCUCAUCAGUAUCUACCGGGAUAAGCUCUUCUUUGUGUCUGUCAUACAGACUGAAGUGCCACCUCUAUUUGUAAUUGAGUUUCUACAUCGAGUUGCUGACACUUUUCAGGACUACUUUGGUGAGUGUUCGGAAGCUGCAAUUAAGGAUAAUGUGGUCAUUGUAUAUGAGCUCUUGGAAGAAAUGUUAGACAAUGGAUUUCCACUGGCUACUGAAUCUAAUAUUUUGAAAGAACUGAUUAAACCACCAACAAUUCUACGUUCUGUCGUCAACUCUAUUACAGGCAGCAGUAAUGUUGGGGACACACUCCCCACUGGGCAGCUGUCCAACAUCCCAUGGCGACGGGCAGGGGUAAAGUACACAAACAAUGAAGCCUAUUUUGAUGUCGUUGAAGAAAUAGAUGCAAUUAUAGAUAAAUCAGGAUCUACAGUCUUUGCAGAAAUUCAGGGGGUCAUUGAUGCUUGCAUUAAGCUAUCUGGAAUGCCUGACCUUUCUCUUUCUUUCAUGAACCCACGGCUUCUAGAUGAUGUCAGUUUCCACCCCUGCAUCCGGUUCAAGCGUUGGGAAUCUGAAAGAGUUUUGUCAUUUAUUCCUCCAGAUGGAAAUUUCCGACUCAUAUCAUAUCGUGUCAGCUCACAAAAUCUAGUGGCAAUACCAGUGUAUGUGAAACAUUGCAUCAGCUUUAAGGAGAACAGUUCUUGUGGAAGAUUCGAUAUUACAAUUGGACCAAAGCAGAAUAUGGGGAAAACUAUUGAAGGAAUCACAGUAACAGUUCACAUGCCAAAAGUUGUACUGAAUAUGAACCUGACACCAACACAAGGCAGCUAUACAUUUGAUCCAGUUACCAAGGUACUAACAUGGGAUGUGGGAAAAAUUACUCCACAAAAGCUCCCAAGUCUUAAAGGACUGGUAAAUUUACAGUCUGGAGCACCCAAGCCGGAAGAGAAUCCAAGUCUCAACAUACAAUUCAAGAUCCAGCAGCUUGCUAUUUCUGGCUUAAAAGUAAACCGUUUGGACAUGUAUGGGGAGAAAUAUAAGCCAUUUAAAGGAGUCAAAUAUGUCACGAAAGCUGGAAAGUUCCAAGUGAGGACAUGAGAAGAAGCCAAAAUUCCUCAAGAUCUGUUUGUUUUCCUAGUGUCAUUAUAGUUUAUUACUGUUAGGUACCAAGUGGGUGGGAAUACAUAUUCUAGUUAAAGCAUCCCUGUUGAGCUACACACCGCUAACGAAGUUGCUUAGUAAUCAAUGUAGGGUUCUUAAGGAGCUUUAAGCUAAGGAAACUUUGAAUUACUUAGCUUAUUUUGUAUCAUUUCAGUUAGGAAGAUUCUGGAGGUGAUUUCCUUCAUGGGGGGCAUCAGCUGGAGGCUGCAUGUUGUAACAGUAAAGGCAAAAGUCUACAGUGAUCACCUGUUCCCUGAAACAAGUGAACUGGUGUCUGCUGUCUUAAUCUGUAAUGUGAUGCAUCAAGUGCAGCCAAAUGUCACACCUGAUUUUAGCCAUCCCAAAUCAGCAACUGUCCCAACAGAGGAAAUCUCCCCACCCCCAAGAAGUUUACAGAAAACUGCCUCUUCAAGUGUUUGCCUUAUUCAGCUUUUCACUUGUGCCAUUAAGCAAGCACUGUAGCAGAAGCCACUUCCACAUGGCCCUGGCAGGGGGCACCACUGCUCCAUGCUUCAUUCUCACUAUACUUGGUAUUGUAUUUUUUAUAAAUAAGAUUUUUAUGUAAAGCUCAGAUUUUGAUUUACAGGGACCUUGCUGCAUAUGUACCAUCUCAGUUUUGUGCCACUGGUUCAGCCAUUUAGAUAGCAUAGUAAAAAUGAUUUGUAUCAAAGGGGCAAAUGCUUUAUUAAGGUCAUAAAAGGGAACACUACUUCUGCAUUUAGGAAGUUAUUGCAAGUACAAGCAUUUGAGAUUUGAAGCAAAUUUAAGCAGUAAAAGAGAAACUUCAGUGAACCUUUGCCACCUUCGUGUUCUAUAAAACUUGUCAACACCGCUUAAACCAUAGUUAGCCUAAAGGCCUCAAGCCCUAGUUCAGCAAAAGGAAGAAAAUGUGCCUGCUUCACUAUCGUCAGUCUUUUAAACCUUUUAUCUUUUUUAUUGUUCUUAAGGUCUUUGAAUUUACCUGUAUCCCUUGUCUUCAAGGGGAACCCCCUUUUCAUACUGUGUGCUUCCCAAGAUUAUGGUAGUAGGUUCCUUCCUGAAGCUGUUCAGAAUUAUUACUUGAAUGUCUCUACUGUACUGACAAAAUACUUGGAUGUGCAUUAUAUUGAGGCAGAAACAAAACCUUCACCAACACUGAUGAAACCAUAUUGAUCCUCAUGGUUGGCAAGUCAGUCUGUAGUUGUAUCACUUCACUCAACUUCAUUGGCUUUGAAGUCCUUGCCCAGUUGUUUUGCCUCAUGAGAUACGAAGAAUGGAGAUAGGCUGAAAGAUGUAAGUGCUUGUUCAUCAUGGUUCCCACAUGUUCUUGCUUAUGGUAUUAGUUUUCUUCUCCUUGUGACUCCAUUCUCUUCAUUCGUCUCUGCUUAUAACUGCCUUUUCUGUAUCAUGCUAAGAAUGACCCUUAAAUUCAUCACAUUGUGCUAUCAAGGGCUAGUGGUUGAUGCUGGUACACAGAGCCCACCAUACAGCAGCAUUCUUACCUUUGCCUGCCUAGGGUACCCAGCCUGCCUUUCAUCUAAUAGGAAAUGGCACUUUUUGCAAAUUUGGAAUUUCCUGGGUAACCGAUAUCAGUUUGGCAGCUAAAAUCAGGGCGUUGCCAAAUAUUUAUUCCCUUUGCCUGAGGUUAAUUACCCAGUUCAGUUGCUUUUCAUUUUUAAUGUCUUUUAAUGCCCUAUCUUAAAAGAGCAGUCAGUACCUUGGCUUUUCUUUCUGCAGAAUCCCUAAUCUCAACCAUCCAUAUCGCAAAUGUCCAGUUUUCUUUCUGUGCUAUCUUCUCAUAUAUAAACAGAUUAUAUGCCAAGAGUCCCUUGUCUUUAGCAAUUUCUGCUAAAACUUCCAAGUAGACUGUUUCCUUUUAUAAUUAAAUUAUUGUAUUUAUUAAUUUGAAUCCAGUAAGUCCUUUAUCUAACCUGGCUUUACUGUCAAUAAAAAGACGAAGCAACAAAUUGAUUUUUUUUUAACUUGACUGUUGAUUGAGCAUUCUCAGAUGGGCAUGCCUCAGUAUCAGAGCAGGCUAAACAUGAUCAGAUUUUGUUCUGUAUCAUCACAUAAGGUGUAAGGGUUGCUGCAGAGCACUUCUAGGUGCUCAUCUCUUAACCUCAGUAUGUUAACAGCCAUGUGUACUUUCUCUAAGCAUCACCCUAUGGCCAGAGACUGAGCAAUAAGUGAUCAAAGCUACUCUCCCUACCACCACCACCAGCACCAACUACUAAUAAGUAACAAAGAUCCAUGAAUACUUAGAAUAUUUUUCAAACACAGAAAUCCAGCUAAUCCCAGAAUUGCCCCAUUUUAUAAAUUCUUAAAGGAGCCAUCCUAAGAGCAAAUGAAGUUAGACGCUCAUUCUCUGUAUAAGGAAGUUACUCUCAUUUAUUCAAAGAGCAUUCAUGUGAUGGGUUCAUUCCUCAAGUGGUGCUACAGAAGAACCUUUGGAAGAUGCUGGUCUCACUGUCCUUAGAGUCCUCUGAUUUGAGAAAACAACUAAAAUAUGAUGCAGCAGGAAGGCAGCACCAGUGAACAUAUGGUGAGUAACAAAAAUUAGACCAUGAAUACUGUUUUCAGAUGCUGAGCUAAUUCUGUAGCCUUGGAUAUUUCUCUUCAACUCCAGGAGUCUGGAAUCUGCCUCUCUCAGCAACGCUUCUAAAUCGGCAAUAGGUGUAGUCUGCAGCACUAUCCCCCUUUCACACUCCCCUUUCAGAUCUAGAAAACCAGGCAAAAACAGUGAUGUGCCCACUCUGCUCCCAAGUACCUGUUCCUACUUAUAGUCAGUGCUUCCUCAAGCAAAAGGAGAAUGUCCCCAAAAGCUAGCUAUCUGCCUUAUAGCCCUGGUGGAUCCCUGACAGCCCUGUUGUUCUGUAUUGGGCUUUGAAAUUCGAAAAAUAGGCAUGUGAUAUUCCUGCACAUGUAACAGCUUCAGCUUCUUAGAGGCAAUGGUCUCCACAGCUAGCUAGAUGAAGACAGACUACUGGAUGAUCCACAUCAACUGGCUGCUUUCUUUCUAUUGUUAACCUUUGUCACCUCCUUCUAGUGUAUAAUCCCAAACCUGUCCUUUAUUAUGCAGAUCUUUGUUAAGUAAAUAUACUACUGCUAUACAGUAGUAUGUUGUUCAUCCAGUACAUUUGGAUUAAAUAAAAGUCUUUAGUUGCCAAAUCCUGAA